CCGAGUGAGCGUUUUAUGUGAGUUGAACGUGAUACGUUUUUGCGGUUUUUUGUUGGUAGAUGAGGCGCGAACGGUUCUUCCCGUGGCGUUUCCAGUUAAUUUUCUCCUAUUUUGAGUAAAACAAUAGAACUGUUAUCAGUCGGGAGCAUCGUGUGAUAACGGCUGAAUAUCAGGUGUUUGUUCAAGAUACAUGUAUUGAAAGUGCCUACGAUAUCGUUAACGAUCAUCAUAUAUUGGUGGCCAUGCUGUGAGCGAAGGUUUUGGGAUUGCAUUUGAUACAAAGAAUAGAACACAGUGGAAACGAAGGGAAAACACACAUGACCAUUUGGUUCUAAUUCCAUUUUGUUGAUGUUUAUCUUGCUAGCUUUCGAAGGAACAGAAUAGCGAGAAAUACGAAGGAAUAUAAAAGAUAAAGGAAAAAUAAUUCAAUGAAACGAAGCAGCGAAGAGAAUAUGCUUCAAAACGUGAUAAAUUGAUUUAAAACGGCGCGUUUACCUUUGGGCAAAAGUGAAUAAUAAAUGCAAAACGCAGGUUCGAGUUUUAUUUUCGCCUUUGAAUAGCGUGAAUAAUAGUGGCACUGUUGAGUGUUAUAUUUGCUUACUCCUGAAUGGAGAAAAAAAAACAUGCAAGCGGAAAGUUUAAAUUACCAGUAGAAAAAAGCGGCCUUUCGACGAAAAAUAAAUCCACGAAACGGUUUUGAUGAAUGCACGAGUGGUAAACAGCACUAUUUACAGUGAUUGUGCCUUCAAAAGUGACCAACGCAUGCAAUUUAAAUUCUAACUCAAAAAGAGUCAACCUUAUAGGCUAGUGUUUGCAAAAUAUAAGGUGACGAUCUUACUGUAAAGUGACAAUAUUUAAAAACACGAUUAAUAAACAUCUUGCAACAAUAAACGACGAAAUAGAAGGAGUUUUUUGGUAGUAUAAAUAAAACAUUUUCAUAGUACAGCAGAAGAUUUAGUAAAGAAGGCAGAUUUAUAGUUUUUGGAUAUCUCGAUCAUCGCGUUUAAGCUGCAUUACAAGAGCUGAAUGACGAUUACCCAACAAAAUUACAAAGAUAAAAACCGUGCAUUUUGGGGCCCCAACAUUUCUGUCGAUCGUCGUCUUCGAGUGCUGUCCGCGUCUCGAUGCUUUUUCGCUGCUCCUUCCUUUAAAGUACCAAUCACAAAGAAUCGGCGAAUUCGGCCGGAAGGAUUACGGAGUCGUGUCGAUCUGUUGAAAUCACAAAAAAAAAUACAACUCAAAUUAAGCAGCUGAUCCGGUGGAACUGCUACUACUACGAAAGGGCGUUUUUUAAUUAACUGUGAUCGGGUCAUGCGGCUACGGUUGACUCGAAAAGUGGCCUAUACCCCAGUGAUGCCUUCGGACAGCUUCGGAGGCUGCCGUUAAACCCACUGGAAAGCUUCCAACCCUUAGCGAGCUGUUUGCCAACUGAUGCAAUUAAUAAUUGCCUGCAAAAAAACACAACAUCUCGUACCGCGAACUACGUCUGAAAGAACAAAAAAUAGCAGAAAUGUUAAGCCAAGUGUGAUACCGGCUUAAGUUAGUGUGAGAGGUGUGGGUGUUGACGGGUUUAGUUGUUCAAAGUGUGUGUGCGUGUAGGAAGGAUAGUGCUAAUCGAACGACGACUGAAAACCUAAAACUACAGGGAAGUAGCGCAUAAGAACAAAAAAAAAACCAAAAUGGAAACCUGCAGCAGUAUCAACACACCAACUGUCGCAACGAGGCUGAGGCACCUGCAUUCGUAUCUCUUCGCCGUGCUAGCAGUGGUAGUCAGUUGCUGCCUAGAUAGGACAUGCAGUUGGACACCAGAUGUCUCGUCCAAGUCAUACAUUACAUACGAUACCACGAUACCGGCCUUUUUCGGUAACAGCACUGAUUACUUUAAGCUACUGGCGCAGGACGAGAACUCGAUAUUGAUUGGGGCGCGAAAUGCCCUGUACAACAUAAGCCUGGAGAGGUUGAUAGAAAAUCCCCGGCAACGGAUCAUGUGGACGUCGUCCGACGCCCACCGGGAGCUCUGUACGCUCAAGGGUAAACUGGACCAGGACUGCCAGAACUACAUUCGAGUGUACGCUCGGGUCAACGCAAACAGGAUCAUGAUUUGCGGGACCAAUUCGUACAAGCCGCUGUGCCGAUACUACAAUGUUCUUCCCAGCGAUGGUUCGAUCGCCUACGACAAUAACGAAAUGGAGGCCUCGGGACGGUGUCCGUACAAUCCACUGCACAACAGCACCUACGUGUAUUCUGACGGCCAACUCUACUCGGCAACGGUAGCGGACUUUUCUGGUGCCGACCCGCUUAUCUACCGAGAACCGUUGCGAACGGGACAGUACGACAACAAGCAGCUCAAUCAGCCAGCCUUCGUGAGUUCGGUUGAGCAUAACGGCUACGUGCUGUUCUUUUUCCGCGAGGUGGCGAUCGAGUAUAUGAACUGCGGCAAGUCGAUCUACUCUCGCGUGAGUCGAGUGUGCAAAAAUGACAAGGGAGGGCUACACCCGCUUAACGACCGGUGGACAUCAUUCCUCAAGGCCCGGCUCAAUUGUUCCAUCCCCGGGGAGUAUCCGUUCUACUUUGAUGAAAUCCAAUCCACGACGAACGCGAUCAGUGGCAUUUACGGAGGUGAUAACACUCAGAUAAUCUACGCAAUUAUGACAACGCCGGACAAUGCGAUCGGUGGAUCGGCCGUGUGUGCCUUCUCGAUACAAGACAUCCUGGACACUUUCGAGGGUCCGUUCAAAUCACAAAAGGACAUGCACUCCAAUUGGCUGCAGGUGCCUCAGAACCAAAUCCCGGAACCGAGGCCGGGCAAGUGCGUGGACGACAGUCGAACCCUACCGAAGGCUUCGAUCAACUUUGUGAAAAUGAACACACUUAUGGACCAAUCAGUAAAUUCGUUACACUCUCGGCCAAUCUUCACCAGAGUCAGCUUACUGUAUCGAUUGUCGGCCAUCGCCGUCGAUCCGCAGGUAAAAGCUUUGGAUGGAAACACAUAUGACGUGAUUUUUGUUGGCACCAACGAUGGAAAGGUGAUCAAGUUUGUCAAUAUAUUAUCAUCCAAUUCGACGGACGAAGUAAAAACGGUUGUGAUCAGUGAAACGCAGGCCUUCCCCGUGGGAACCAAAGUCAACGAAAUGACUAUAUCGAGAAAAAAUAAGAAACUGAUUGUUAUCAGCAACGGAAAGAUCAUCUCUCUUCCACUUAGCAACUGUAACGAACAUGAGUACAAAUCUUGCCGCAAGUGCUUAGAGCUGCAGGAUCCUUACUGCGCCUGGGAUGACGUUAACAGAGACUGCCGAGAGGUCGAAGAUGCCCAAGCGGUUGGUUUUUCAAUGGAUAAACUCUACCAAAGCUUGGACGGUGCCAGUGUCAACGAAAUAUGCAAGCGAUAUGAUCACCGACAGCACAAAACCGAAGAUAACGAUAUCUACACCCGGGUUGAUGGAUCCGGUUACGCUGAAAAAGAAAGGUCCAGUGACAGUAAGAACGUAGUCAUUAUUCAGACCAAGACGCGUGGAACAGUUUCUUCGGUUGGACCCAUCGACAUUGAUAACGAAAUCACAAUGACCUCAAUUGAGGGUAACGAGUUGACCAAUCGGAUCGGUGCCAAUCACUAUCACCACAAGACAGAUACCCUUGUGAAGGAGGAUCUCGCUUUCGCUUCGUCUGGUUGGAUGUUCUACAUCCUGCUGAUUGCGUUUUCGUUGAUCAUUGGCGUCGUGAUCGGUUUCGUAAUAUCGCGACAGUUUAACAAAAAUAAUCCCUUUCCCGGCAGCGAACACCGAAACCAGCUGAAUUGGCAUCCUACGAAACAAUUCAGCAUGCAGAACCGAACGAGCGGUGGGAAGGACGUUAAUCUGCUGAUGAACACCAACACCAAUCAGUACCAUACGCAGCAGCAGGCAAUUGUGCAACAGCUGCAGCAGCACCAUCAGAACAACAUGAAAGAUAACAUCGAUUUCGACUUCAAGGAUCGAAGUGUAGAGUGCAAGAACUCGACGGAAAACCUCGAAAAGGACAUCAGCAAAGGAAUGGGAACGCUUCAGAAGGUGAAAAAGACGUACAUUUGAUAACGCGACAGUUGAAGACAUUCAAGCCUUAGAAGAUUUUUUGGAGAAAAUCUAAUGUUGUUUGUUGUUGAUAUGCGAUAUGAUAGUGUAUAUAGAUUGUUCACAACUCAGAACUGAAACAGUCAAAACACGUGGCAAACGUUAAGUAAUUUUACCUUCGAGAGCGUAUAUUAGAAACAAUUCGGAGAGACUGUGUGCCUAGCACAUCUACAGCUAAAUCCUUAAUACCGUAGCCUUACAACACGUGCUGACUACUCACAAUAGUGCUGUGAGAGGCCUUCUUAUAAGAGAAACACAUGCAUGAAACACUAUUCUCGUAAUAUCACUAGCUCGUCGUGAACCUUGAAGAUGCACACGAACAUGAACCGAAACGUAGCAAAUGUGUUAUUGCAGAGAACAGUAGUUAGCAGUCGAUGCCUUACAACGGACCCACAACCCCGAAACAGAACCCAAUCAUUUAGUCGAGCAUUGAAGAAGAAUCGAUCAAACUUUCCAAUGUUGUUAGGAAAAGUUUUAUAACUUUGCGAUGCGUAGUUGGGCUCAAGUUUUGAACACAUGCUUUUUUGCAAUACAUACUUCGGUAUUUCAACAUAAGUGAAAGGUAAUGGAUUUUAAAUUUUUGUCGACAAUUGUUUUAAUUAAGGAGAAAUGAUCAUGGCUUAGUCGUUGUUAUUUAUACUUAGCAGUGCUCUGCAGUGUACAAAAUUUGAUCCCAUCAAAUGCGCAACCAUCCAACUUUCAUUACAUUAAUGACAUCCCAAUGCGAAUAGCCUCUUGUACCGUUUGAAAUAGGCGCUCAAGUUUAUGUUUUUCUACGUUCCAUGACAACACUCUAGAAGACUCUGGAGGAUAAUCCAUAAAUACAUGUAAAUACAGCUCAUUUCAACACUUGUCGCCUACACAUAACGUUUAGUACAAUUGCUCAAAUCGAAUCUCAUACGAAAAAUACUUCUCAAAAGUUACAUGCAAUUCUGUAAAGUUAAGAAACUUUUUUUUUAUUUUAUUUAAAGCUGUCAAGAUGAACAAAAAAAAUUAAGCAAUAAAUGUUGACAAAAUUCCAUCCAAACAAGAAAAAAGAUCAAGCUAUAAAUGUUUUAACAUACAUAUGAUAUUGUUGAUCGAUUUCGUAAGAAAGUAUAUAAACAAUGAAAAUGCGAAAAAAAUCAUCUUACUGAUUUUGUUUAUACCUGCAGAUUGUAUAUGAUUCGUAGGCUAUGUAAAGAAAAUAGAAAAUCGACAGACGUGAGAGGUCAGAUUUUUUAAUAUAUUUAUAUGCUUAGUUAAAUCAACAACGUGAAAUGUGAUAAAUUUGAGUAUUUUAUUUUUGUAUAAUUUUAAGUCGUAGUUAGGUUAUUUUAAUCAGUCUAGGAAUGUAUGUAGCAUGUAUGUAUGUAGAAAUUUGUAUAAAAAAUACAAAAAGCUUGAAACAGUAGUUAAAAUACUGCAUUGUUUAUUGAUUAAACAACAUCAUGUUGUCAAACUAGCCUGAUGAUGGGACAAAUGCAAAUUGGUUCACAUUUAGGAGAAACAUCAUUUUGUUUCUUGAAGGCAAAAUUGUUUGUUAUUUAAGCUUCUUUUACACCUCCAAUGAAAAUGAACGUUAUCUUAUUUUGCCAAUUUUUCAACAUAGCGGAAUAAAAAACUUUUUUGACAUGAUGAAAUCGAUGGAGGACCUGUUUUAAUGUGGACCUGUGUUUAGAUUUCGCAGAUUUUCACUGCGGAAAAUAAAAUAAGAACAGUUAAACAGAUAUUCAUCAGCGGAAACAUUUUAGAAUAACCUUUUAACAAUUUCAAAUCGAUUCUUAAAAAGAGUAACAAGGUCGCGGUGUUCAGUUGUUGACAAAAUAAGAUUUUCUACUUUCGCUUUCACUCGAGGUGUAAAAUAAGGCUAUUGGUUGGUAUGAAAAAUGCUGGACCUUGUAAAAAUGUUGCGACACCUGUAAAUAAUCGAUUUAAGUUAAUUAUACAGAGAAAUAAAACUUAUGAAAAAA